GCGACACAGACGCCGGCGCAGGCGCAGCAAAGCCAGUCGACAAGGUCGAUGGUGAUGACGAUGACGAGGUCGACGAGAACGAGUUUGUCCAAGAAGAAGAGGUACUAGCUGUGAAGGGCUGGACGCCUUCAAUGACACUUGAGGUCCGUGACGACCUUGAAACCGGAGAAGAGCUGGAGGAAGAGCUAUACUGCCAGCGCUCCAAACUGUACCGGUUCCGCGACGCUGAAUGGAAGGAGCGGGGCGUGGGCGACGCCAAGCUUCUGAAGCACCAGGUGAACGGCAAGAUCCGCUUCCUCAUGAGGCAAGAGAGGACUGGGAAGGUGGUCGCCAACCACUUUCUGGUUGAUGCUCCGCCGUACUGUCAACUCGCCAAGAAUGCCGGCAAUGAGACAACCUGGGUCUGGUGUGCCAUGGACUAUUCUGAAGACAGUGCUCAGAUGGAGCAGUUUGCCCUCAGAUUUCGAGAUGCAGAGCUGGCAGAGAAGUUCGCGGAGGCCUUCAACGAUGCCAAGAGGCAGAACUCCGGACCCCAGGGCCAGGACCAGGAGCCCCCGCCGGCACAGAGCUGA